AUGUGUGUUUUUGAUUGGGAUAUAUUUAAGGUUGCUUUCUUUGAUAGUUUCUUUCCCCUUGAGACGAGGGAGGCAAAGGCACUUGAGUUCAUUAACCUUCAUCAAGGGAAUAUGAGUGUGAAGGAUUAUGCUUUGAAAUUCACGCAACUGUCCAAAUACGCUCCAACUAUAGUUGCCAAUCCAAGGGCAAUGAUGAGUAAGUUUGUGUCGGGUGCUUCCGACUUGGUGAUCAAAGAACGCCUAACCGCCAUGGUUGUUAAGGAGAUGGAUGUAUCCUGUUUAAUGGUUCAUGCACAACAAACAGAAGAGGAAAAACUUAAGGAGAAAACUAGGAAUUCAAAGAGCGCAAGAAGGGAUGAUGGUGAUUUCUCACAUUCAGGGUCCAAUGGAAGUAAUCAUUUUCAAAGUAAUGGUUCUAGUGAGCAAAUGGUAUCUGAGUGUCAAAGGUGUGGAAAACUUCAAAGGGGUGAGUGUCUAGCUGGUUAUAAUGCAUGCUUUGGUUUUGAAAAAAUGGAUCAUAAGAUAAGGAGUUGUCCUACGAUUGCCAAGAAUGAGGGAGCUAAUCGUCGGCGGACUCAACCUUACCUUUUUUUAGGUCCUAGUGGUGGUAAAAAUAGAAUAGGUUUUAUGCUCUUUAGACUCGACAAGAUCAUGAGGGUUCCCCGGAUGCGGUAA